CGCGGGCCGUACAGUUUCGCCUUCCUCUCUCCUUCCCCCUGUGCCCUCCAUCCACGCGUGACCACCGUUACCCCCAUUUCGCAUCAAUCGCACCGAUAGAGAAGAAGAAGAAGAAGACGAAGAACUGAGCAGAAACCCUAGAAAUUGAGUUCGUCGUUGCGUGAUUCGCGCGCUCGGGAUUCAGUUAUCGAACGGCCAUAGCUCCGUUCGCGCCUCGAUUUUGAUGGACUGCCUGUUCCGCCGGUAGCAAUGGUGGAGAACUCCGGCGAGAACCUUCUGGAGGGUCCGACGAGCUCGCGUUCCGUCACCGAGACGGUGAAUGGAUCUCACAAGUUCGUCAUCCAGGGGUACUCGCUCGCGAAGGGCAUGGGUAUCGGCAAGCACAUCGCCAGCGACAACUUCACCGUCGGCGGGUUCCAGUGGGCGAUCUAUUUCUACCCCGAUGGAAAGAACCCCGAGGAUAAUGCCACCUACGUCUCCGUUUUCAUUGCGCUGGCGAGCGAGGGAACGGACGUUAGGGCUCUCUUCGAGCUGACGCUGUUGGAUCAGAGCGGGAAGGGCAAGCACAAGGUCCAUAGCCAUUUCGAUCGGUCCUUGGAAAGCGGACCCUACACCCUCAAAUACCGAGGGAGCAUGUGGGGAUACAAACGAUUCUUCAGAAGAUCUGCACUCGAGACAUCUGACUAUCUGAAGGAUGAUUGCUUGGAACUUAACUGCACUGUCGGAGUUGUGGUUUCGUCCAUAGAGUGCCCUCGGUUACACUCAAUCCCUGUCCCUGAAUCUGAUCUCGGAGCUCAUUUUGGUACACUGCUGGAGAAUAUGGAGGGCUCAGAUGUUACCUUUGAUGUAGCAGGGGAAAAGUUUCGUGCCCACAAGUUGGUGCUGGCUGCUCGGUCCAAUGUGUUCCGAGCUAAAUUUAUCGACAAUAUUGGGGAAGAAAAGGAAGAGAUGGUCAUUACUGAUUUGGAACCUAAAGUCUUCAAGGCUUUGCUGCACUUUAUCUACAGAGACGAUCUCUCAGGAGAUGUGGUGUCCAUAGGAAGUAGCAGCUCAACAUGUACAUCGUCUAUAGCUGAUACCUUGACUGCAAAGCUCUUAGCAGCCGCUGACAAGUAUGGUUUGGAAAGAAUGAGACUUAUGUGCGAGUCCCGUCUCUGCAAGGAGAUAUCCAUAAAUUCCGUUGCUAGAAUCUUGGCCUUGGCUGACUGCUGCCAUGCAAAGGAGUUGAAAGCUGUUUGCUUGAAGUUUGCCGCUGAAAACCUCGCAGCCGUUAUGCGAUCAGACGGAUUCGAGUACUUAAAAGAGAAUUGCGCACCACUACAGUCAGAGCUUCUGAAAACUGUGGCGGGCUGUGAGGAGGAGUGUAGCAGCGGAGGUGGAAAGAGUCGGAGCGUGUGGGCCCAACUCUCAGAUGGGGGCGACAGUAAUGGCCGGAGGGUGAGGCACAGGGCUGAGUAGUGUUGUGUUUGUAAAUCAGAUGGUGUCGAAAACAAGCAACACUCAGUAAACAAGAAUAUGUUUGUAUUGAUCAACUCCAAUCCAUGUAUACAAGGUUCAGAGACACCAAGAAGCUCCUCCGUUGCAAAUUUUCGGUGCGGUAUUUUAUUAUCCAACUUUGUUCAAGUAUAUUCAUUUUCAUGUGGCUUGGAACUUCAGAGAACCUUUUUCGUGAUA